GAUCACCAAUCAAAAAUUCAAAAUCGUUCAAACGGCCGGCUCAGUCCCGUUCAAUUCACUGUUAUCAGACUUCAGUACUCUUCGAUCACUCAUCGUUGAUUCAAUACCUAUCGUUUAACCGAAUCCACGACGGUUAUUCACGGUGAGGAUUAUGUUUUCAAAUUGCAUAUGGUAGAUGAAUCAUCCUUGAAUUGAGAAAUCAAAGAAGGAGAGGAAGAUGAGCGGGGCUCGAUUGUGUGCAUUAUUGGGUGAAUUGGGGUAUCAAGGGGCUGAGGCAUUGGAUCCGGACAGUUUUGAGUGGCCUUUCCAGUACGACGACGCGCGCCCCAUUCUCGAGUGGAUCUGCUCCAGCCUUCGUCCCUCAAAUAUACUCUCUCUCUCCGAGCUCUCCCAGUGCGAGCAAUUUCUUCAGGAAGGGAAGUUAUUGGAGGGAGAAGAUCUGGACUUUGCUUAUGAUAGCAUUUCAGCCUUCUCUACCAGGAGAGACAAUCAAGAGGCAGUUUUUGGAGCUGAAGAAGGUAUAAAAGAUAUAAGAGAUGCUACGCUGGCAUAUAAAGCUGAAGCUUUAGAGCUGCAGAGACAGCUCGGGCAUUUGCAGUCAAAAUUUGACAUGCUCACAGACCAGGCUUCAGCUUUAAUACAAGGGAGAAGGGCUCGAGUUGCCGCAACAUCCACAGUCAAUGGACACCUCACAACUAUUGAUGAUAGCAUUUCAGCAAGAAAUCUGCAGAUGAAUGAAGUUCUUGGAAGGAUUGGUUCUACAGCACAGGCAUUGGCCUAUUAUCAUUCUGGUGAUGAGGAGGGCAUCCACUUGGCUUACUCUGACUUCCAUUCGUACUUACUUGGGGAUUCAUCUUGUAUAACAGAACUUAACCAGUGGUUUACUAAGCAAUUGGACACGGGUCCUUUCCGCUUAGUUGCUGAGGAGGGCAAGUCUAAAUGUUCAUGGGUGAGUCUUGAUGACACUUCAAAUAUUAUUGUACAAGCAGAUUUAGAGACGUCUCAUCAGCAACGUGUAUCAGAGUUGCAACGGUUACGCUCUAUAUUUGGGACAAGUGAAAGGCAGUGGGUUGAAGCCCAGGUUGAGAAUGCUAAGCAGCAAGCUAUUCUCAUGGCCCUUAAAUCGCAGAUAACAUCAGAUGAGGCACACAUUCAUCUUGAUCUUCAUUCCCUUAGGAGAAAGCAUUCAGAAUUGGUUGGAGAGCUUGCAAAUCUUUAUCACAAAGAGGAGAAGUUGUUAUCUGAGACCAUUCCAGAUCUUUGUUGGGAGUUGGCUCAACUUCAAGACACAUAUAUUUUGCAAGGUGAUUAUGAUCUAAAGGUCAUGCGUCAGGAACAGUAUGUAAAUCGACAAAAAGCGUUCAUAAACCAUCUAAUCACUCAUCUUGUAAGGCAUCAGCUCUUAAAAAUAGCUUGUCAGCUGGAAAAGAAGAACAUGCUUGGAGCAUAUUCAUUGCUUAAAGUUAUUGAGUCAGAGCUUCAAGGGUACCUGACAGCAACCCGAGGCCGAGUGGGGCGUUGUUUGGCACUGAUUCAAGCUGCAUCAGAUGUCCAAGAACAAGGAGCAGUCGAUGACCGGGAUACAUUUCUACAUGGUGUUAGAGACCUUUUGAGUAUCCAUUCAAAUUCUCAAGCUGGGUUAUCGACAUAUGUAUCUGCUCCUGGCAUUGUUCAGCAGAUUUCUGCUCUUCAUUCAGAUUUGGUGACUCUUCAGUCUGAUCUUGAAAAUUCGCUUCCAGAGGACAGGAAUAGAUGCAUCAAUGAGUUAUGCACUCUCAUUCAAAGUUUACAGCAGUUGCUGUUUGCAUCAUCAACAACUGCACAACCCAUACUGACACCACGGCCAUUAAUGAAAGAACUCGAUGAAAUCGAGAAGAUUAAUGCAAAACUCUCUGCUGCGGUUGAAGAGGUGACACUUGAGCACUGCAAGAAGAAUGAGAUUGUGAAGCAUCAUUCACAAGAGGUUGCUCUUCAAAGGCGUGUUUUUGUCGACUUUUUUUGCAAUCCUGAGCGUUUGCGAAGCCAAGUUAGAGAACUGACUGCACGAGUGAGAGCACUGCAGGUUUCUUAACCUACGUAUACAUAUAGUUGAUGUAUCAGCAUCACAUUAUUUUCUAUAUGGUGAAGCAGUUACUGUCAGAGUAUCCCAAUUCCAAAAUGGCAUUCUGCUUCUUAUGGAUGUCAGGCUCUGUGGACACAUUGUUUUACUGUAUUCCCAACUUGUAGAGUCUUUGGCAUGUGUGUGCAUAUUUAUGCACUGAACACCAAAUGGAGAAGUCAUAUUGUUUUGUGCUCUCUCUCUAUGAAACCUAGUGUUUUUCAGAUUUUGAGAAAGGAUUUCGAUUAUUGAGAAAAUAAACAAUCUUUCUUCC